AUGUCCGACCUGCGCCAGCUUGAGGCCAUCCAGGCCCUGCACCGCGAACUGCUUGCCGUCCGCGAUCAUCGGUUUGGCGACCUGCAAAUCCUCGAGCAGUUGCUGAACCAUCGCGCCGAAGUCUUCGAGAAGCUACUCGACAAGCCUCCUCGAAACCCUACCAGCAGAACCGCCGUUGGGAGCGGUAAAAUAAAGAUCGACGAUGAAGAGUUUCAAAUCAACGAAGACUUUGUCAACGACACCCUGAAACUCGCCGACGAGCUCGACUUGGACGAGCUCGAGGCCGCCCGAGUGCUCCUGGAUGCAAAUGCAGAAGGCGAUGCAGAGUCACUGACCCGUCCCCUGUGGGAAUGUGGCGUCAUCCGCUUCCAUCAGGAGCGCCAGUAUCUCCUCGACUGCAUGCGCCUUUGCAUUGAGAUAUCCAACGACGGAAACCUCGAAGGGAAUCUGGAGGACCGCUUUGCCAGCCUUGUCAGCGACAGAAUCUACCGCAUCCCGCCACCGGGACCUCAGCGGCGAUCCACCGCCGACAAGAUCGCGCCGAGAUGCAUGGCUGCCAUGCAGGCUAUCAAGGCGUCACUCCAAAGCAUCGGCGACAAAAUGGCCGCCCGCAGUGUGCUAACCCAAGCUCAACUCCUGAGGCCUAUUGACCAGGAGGCGUACGAGAUUAUGCGCCUCAGUCUUGUCCAGCAACACGAACUUGUUGCUCACAUUCUAUGCUCUGCGGUAGAGAAGCAUGCGGUUUCUCCUGCCGACUUUGAAGGGUUUAUCGGUGUCUUGAAAAAGACCGACAGGUACGACCACUUCCUCGUCCACCUGUUCCCUGUACUUGGCGCGUAUAUCACCUGUUACGGCUCCACCGAGGGACUGGGCGAUAUCCAGCAGUCGCGCCAGUUCAACGAAAUCAUCUGCAAACAGGCAGACGAUGACUCGUGGGCCAUCCCGAGUCUUGGUGCGGCAGUUCGGGCCUGGUGGAUUGCCGAGUACAGUGGCUGGUACUUGGACGACACGCCCUAUGACGUUCAAGGAAUCAACCUCGACAAGGAGGACGAAGAGCGGACGAAGCAGUUUACGAUCUCCCUAAAAGAUGGCGCCUUCGACUUCAUCCUCUCGGUAGCUGCCGACAGCAGAACCCAGGAGUGGCAGGACUCUUCGCGACUAACCAUGCGCAAGUGGCUACAGCGCAAGUCCCCCCCGCUUGCCUCAGACCCUUACCCCUUCGCCGCCUUCUUCCAGCAGAGCCUGGCGGUGCACCUGGAAGUCUUCGUCGAUGCCUUCAUCUCCAACCUUCCAGAUAUUCUCCGCAAACUCAGAACCGAAGAAGACGAGCAGCGGCAGCUCAGCCAGACGCACGAGCAGGAUCUCGACCUCGAGCGCUUCUUGAUUAUCAUCUCGUAUGCCUACGAUGGGCGGCCAGACGCGGCCAUGUCGUUCUGGGAAGAUCCGGACAGCAACCUGGCUGGCUUCUUGCAAUGGGCUUCGAGACGGGCAUCGACUCCUCUUGUGAGCGCAUUUUGCGAGAUGCUCCAGGCACUCUCGGAGAGUGAGGAAUGCGCAACAGCUGCCCAUAACUUCCUUCUCGACGAAGGCCAUCACUCAUCGGGCAAGAUGAAGCGCUCUCUGUCUUUAACGUGGAGCCAAAUCUUUAAGGAAUUGGACUUCUUCACCGCCAAGCUCCGCGAGAGGCCCAGUCCGGCCCAGACGCACAUCCAUCGGCCCGGAAAGUUUAGCAGCGAUCAAGCCGAGACGGAACCCGAGUCGGCCAUGAUGCUGGAGUGCUAUCUGCGUCUCAUUUCCAAGCUCGCAUCGGAAAGCGAAGUUGCGAGGCAUAAGUUGAUGGCAGACGAUGACGUGCACUUGGUUGAUACGAUAUUCAAGCUGGCCAGUGGAAAUAUACCUCCUCGCCUCAGGUCCUGUGCCUUCAACGUGCUCCGAGCUUUCUUGAGCCGUAAGAGCCAGGUAGAAGCCGAUGUCAUGUGGAGAUGGCUCGAUUCUUGGCUCUGCGGCGGCUUCGCCUCGCAACCCCUCUUGAGAAGCUCCCUUCUCCUCCCAAGCCAGGGUGCUGAGCCGCUCAUGGGAGCCGUUCUGCAGGAAAUCAGCGAAGGGUUCGAAGAACCGAAUGCCUUUGUUCAACUCCUGACCUCCUUUUUCGCGCCAAUUGAGGGCCAGGAAAGUCUUAACGACUCUCUGCCAUUCCCCGAAGAUCUGGGUGCCCAACAAAGGAUACCUGGCGUCGAAAUUUACGUGGAUUACGUGUUUGGCAAGGUUUUCUCAGCCAAGUCUAGGGAAGCUACGGAUCCUGCUCAGCUUAGAGUACUGCGUCUUAGCUGCCUAGAAUUUGCCUUGACGUGCCUGUCAACCUUUAAUGAGGACCUUAUUGUCCUGGGUAGCGAGUCUAGCAUCGCCAUCGAUGCUGCCAUAGCGACCUCGGAUCUGGCGACAUACGUUCGCCUACACCCCUUUGCCCGCGUUAUGGAAUGGAUGUUCAGCGACAAGGUCAUCGCUGCUCUGAUCAGCACCAUUAAUCAAGACUCUACUGCUUUGGCCAAUGCUGCUCCGGAAUCCCCCCUCUUGCUCAGCAUCUUGCGGGCGAUCGAGGUCAUGCUGAAGGUCUUCGAGUUGCAAGAGACGUACUUCGAUCUCGUCCGGCCCGUCAUAAGGAAACUGCCGGGGCAGCGGAAACCAGAUGUGGCAAACUCGACAUAUUCGUCAUUUGAAGACGGCAUUAUCAACCACUUGUCCCUGGUAGUGAAUCUUGGUCGGUACUGCGGUCUCCGCCAGCCCGACCUGACUCUGGCCUGUUUAAAACUACUUGAGAAGAUUUCGACGUCCUCCAAGAUCAUUUCAGCCUGGAGCCCUGAUGCUGGCGGGCACGGACACCGCAACAAGGCCAUUGUGCAGCUCGAGAAGAAUGGCGAGAGCGAGACAAUCGCCGCCUCCCUCUCGGCCGAGCUUUCCUAUACCCUGGAUCCUGUUCUGGAGACGGAGGCACCCAAUUACAUGAUCAAGCUCUUCAUUCUUGAUUUCCUAUACGAGUGCCUGAGGGCCGCUCCAAACCAGCCCACAAUUGCGCACUUGCUCCUGGGCUUUCGCUGUGGGCUCAAUGCCUUGAAUGUCGAGCCAAGGAGUGCCUUUGACUCGCAGAAAUCUCUGUUUCACAGCCUCCUCAACGCCCUGAUCGGGUUUUCUGUGUUUCAAGAAGAGAUAGGGAUGCGUGGCUACUUGAUAACCCUGAAGUACAAGAUCUUGCGCGUAUUUCAAGCCCUGUGGACUCCGCCUCUGUCGUCGGUACUGGUCAUGGCCGAGCUGAGAGAAACGAACUUUCUAUUCCACAUGCUCCUGCAGGAAAUGGAGCUGCAACCGCAGUUGACGUGGGAUGGCAUCGAGGCCACCGAUCCCGAGUUCCCCGUCGCCGAUGCGUCCGUAUCCUUUAUCCAAUUUCUCGAGACCCGGGCCAUGAUCUUCGAGUAUAUCAGCAAGGAGCUUUGCAGUGUCUCUCAAAACCGCAUUCCAGCCAUCAAGCGCAACAUUUUUGACGCCCUGAAUGGCCAGAUUAAAAGGGACAGUGACGAACCCGUGAGGAUAGCCAGCAUCUUUGAUCUCUUCGACUUCUUGGGCGCGGACGAACAGUGGAAUAUUCCCACGCCGAUGUUCGAAUAUUACAAGGAUUUCGAUCUCAGCGCCUGCGUCGAAGAGGACCCAGAUUUGGGCCUGCAGUACAACAUCUGCAAGGUUCAGGAGCUUCUCUUACUGAAGCGUAACGAGCUGCGGUAUGCAACCCAAAUAAUACCACAACAGCAGAUUAGCGAAGUCGAGCGAGAGGAAGCCCUCUUGAAGGAGUAUCUUAUAUUCUCGAACCGACGGAAGCAGUUUAUCUCGUCAAGACUAAAACUUCUCCGGGCAUGGGCAAACAUCAUCCUGGUCAUGUUUGAGUCCAACGACUUCAAGGGGACUCCGAAGACAGCCUUCCUGCUCCAAGCUCUACAGUCCAUCCUUCCCAACCUGGAAGCAUUUAGCACGUUGAGCCCUGCCGAAGCGUUCGAGCUCGCCCGAGUGGCCAAAGUGCUCCUGUUCAAGCUCGAAUUCUCCAAUGAUGAUGAUGAUGAUAAAGAUGAUGCUAUUGCGGCCGGCCUAGACCAGGAGAAUGCAGCUUUGGGCAAUCUAAUUAGCGACAAGCUCUUCCAGCUAUUCCAGGUGUGCCUCAACUCCAUAGGCAAGUGGGCUGCGAGCCCCGAACUCAGGGCGCUUUACUACGGCAUCUGCUACCGGUACCUGACGGGCGUGGUUGACAAGAAUGUCCAAACCCGAAGGGGCCGCGCCAGGGCGCUGAAGGCGAUUCAGGCCCACGGCGAACGCCUCUUCAAUGUCAUCUGCGACGACGCCUACAGCAGCGAUGCCGGCUGCCAGACGGCGGCCAUGAUCCUGCUCAGCGCGCUGGUUCAUCUUGGCCGCGCUGGCGACGACCCGCACGUUGUGGAUGUGCUCAACCGGCUUAACUUCAUCGGCGUGCUCGUCGACAGCCUCAAGACCAUCCUUAUUGACUGGCUUGCCGUCAUUACCAAUGGCGACGUCGCCUCCGAACAGUACACAAAUGCCAAGCUCGCCUUACUCUUGCAGCUGUGUCAGACGCGCGCAGGCGCAAACUUCGUCCUCCAGGCCAACCUAUUCCGUGCCCUCGAGCUCUCCAAGGUCUUCGCCGCCGACCCGGAGCUUGAGAUUGACGCCAGCAACACGCGCGCGCUCGAGAAGCACUACACCCUGCUCGUCUGCCUAGCCCGCGUCAUCAGCGCCGCCGUCCUGACUCGCGGCAACCACAACAUCCUACAAGGCCGCAACUUCCUCGCCAAGCACCGUUCCCUCGUCGCGCACACGCUGAAGCGUAGCGCCGGCAUCGGCACCGUUGGCAACGGCCGCAAUGAAUCCGUCCCGCAAGCCGGCGGUAUUCCUGCCGCGAAUGCCAAGGCACAAGCAGCGCUUGACGAGCGCAUCCAGGACUUGACCGAGGCGUUUAUGCUUUUAAUUACCGCCACAGGGUUUUUGGAAGUAAGUUUUUUCUCUCUUCCUUUUCCUUUUUCCAGACUUCUUGUUUGUCCGUCCACCCACCAGCCAAGCUUUACUAAAUAA